AUGGUUGAGCUUGAUGAGCACCUUGGAACUGAACACAAAUACUGCAUUUCGUGCGAGAUCCAAUUUGAAACAGCUAACAAGCUGGCUCAACACGACAUAGAGGAGCACAACAUGUGUGUUACCUGUCGGCAGUUCUUCGACUCUCCUUCAAGUUUGUCUAGCGUUGCCAUCGGCUACCGUGAAGGAUUCGCCGAAAGAAGCAUCAUUUCAAUCAUCCCGUUCUUCAAUAGCCAAGCCGACGUACCGAAAAUGGCUUCUCGCAUUGACCCCCUUUGCCCCAACUAA